GGCAGAGCCUGGUCCAGGGAGGAUUUGUUGGUCUCCUUUCAUUGAGUCCACAGAGGUGGGGACAAGGGGCUGCAACAGCUCUGACUUUCCACUUCCGUUCCUCUGUCUGUCCUGCAGCGCUGAGGUCUCCUCUGUCAGAGCUAGAGCCAUCACAGGAGGUGACACGAUGCCUACCGUGCCUGUUCUGCUCUGCCUAGGGCUGAGUCUGCACAUGGCGCUGCAAGGACUCACAGGGACCCUCCCCAAGCCUACACUGUGGGCCAAGCCAGGCUCUGUGUUGCCCUGGGGGAGCUCUGUGAGCAUCUGGUGUCAGGGGAAUGUGGGAGCCCAGAAGUACAAUCUGUACAGAGAAGGAAGUCCCAGGAUCUCGGAGAUGUCACUCUUACUCAACAACAAGGCCAAGUUCUCCAUCCCAUCCAUAAAUGAUGGCCAUGCAGGGCGAUAUCACUGCUACUAUCAGAGCACUGCUGGCUUGUCAGAGCACAGUGAUGCCCUGGAGAUGGUGGUGACAGGAAUCUACAGCAAACCCAGCCUCUCAGCACUGCCCAGCCAUGCAAUGACAUCAGGAGACAAUGUAACCCUCCAGUGUAUCACGAGACAACAAUUUGCUGGGUUCAUUUUGACUAGGGAAGGUGGAGACAAGCUCUCCUGGACCCUGAACUCACGGCGACUUACCAACGGACAGUUCCAGGCCCUGUUCGCUGUGGGUCAUUUGAUUUCUGGGCACAGAUGGACAUUUAGAUGCUAUGGCCAUUACAAGAGAAGUCCCCAAGUGUGGUCCAUACCCAGUGACCCCCUGGAGCUCAUGGUCUCAGAAUCAUCUACUCCAAGCCCCCCAACCACAGAGCCCAUCACCACACCAGGAUGCACUGAGGGUCCCAUCUCCCCACCCUCUUCUCUUGGCUCCACAGCAGGUGAGUCUUGGCCUCCAUCCCAAAGAUCCUAUGUCCAGGCUGCCUGGAGACUCUCUGCCCAUCUCGGCUCUUGUAACAGCCUCAACUCUUCUUGUGUCCGGAGACCUGAGCUUCAAGUGGUGUGGACAGGACCUGAGCAAGAGAGUCCCUUCUCUGGUCAUUGAUUUUCUUGUCUGUGUAUUUCCUGGGUGGGGACAGCAGUGCCAUGUUGCUGGAUUCUGAUUUCUAUCUAUGUAAACAUGUAUCCCUAAGUAUCCAUUGUGUUUACAUGUGUAUUAUUCUUAAGUAUUUUCUUUUUUGGUAGUGGGAAUCAAACACAGAGCUUCACACUUGCCAGGAAAUUUUUGUGUCCCUGAGGUACACCCCUGGCACUCUGCACAUAUAUUAUUGAUUAUUUGGGAAAGCUUUAAAUUUCUAAAACAGGAAGUGAAAUUUUGAUAAGCCACCACUAUUCCCACUGUUAGAAUAUGCAUGUGUGUUGUGCUGUAGGUGUUCCUAACUUCAUGAUGAUUUGCUAACGAGAGGUGACAGAGAGAUGGGGAAGCACCAGAAGCCCAAGCUGGGUGGUGAAAGGGAGGCAGCCCCAGAAUUCAGCCUUUGUGCUCCUGAUGUUCAGGGGCCCUGAAGACCAACCCACCUUCCUGGACCCUGGCUCCUCCACUGGUGAAUCAGAGAAAAACAUCUCAAGGAGAAUGAGAUCACAUUGUUCUGUGUCCCACACAGCAAAAUCCAUAGGAGGACUUUAUUUCUGACUGGAAGCCUUUGCUCCUGCCAAUCCUGAGGUCCUGAGUUCCAGUUACUUUGCUCCUGUGGGUCUCAGAUGUAAGAUCUGAACUCACAGUGCCCACUGAGGCUGAAGAAUCCUGGACAGAGAUCAGAGGACUCCCUGCUCCAUAGGGAAAGUACUGUUCAAGACCUUGCAAAGCUGUAACAUGAGAAAGAGAUGUAAGAAUGGGGAUCAGGGAGAGGCUCAGAUCUCCUCAGUCUUCUCAUGUCCUCCUCUCUUUCCUUGGUUCUUAGAGAAGAAGAAAACAUCCUGAUUCCAUCCUAGAACGUGACAGGGUCAGUGCAUGGGGAAAGGAGGGCUCUCAGUUCUGGGUCCUAACACAGAGGAUCAGGUUUUGCCUAGAGUGUGCAGGUGCCUAAGAUGGAUAUUCAGGAAUCCUGUGGAGCUUCUGCUCUGUCUUAAUCUCUGAGACCUCUUUGUCCCCAUCCCAGCCUCACAGCCUCAGGAUUACACAGUGGGGAACCUCAUCCAUAUGGGCCUGGCUGGCCUCGUCCUGGUGGCCCUCGGGAUUCUGCUCUUCUGGGAUCAAUGCCAUCAAAGAAGGACCCAAGAUGCAGCCAGAAUGUGAACACA